UCGGAAUAUGCAGAUACAUUUACUAUACUGAUGCGUGUCAGAGGGGAUUGGAGCAGAAGAUUUGCAAAACAUUUCCCAGCUUCAGAAUCGAGUUCCCCUUUGCAAUGUGGUCAGAUGCCAAAUGAUACCGAUUCUCCCUAUUGCCCUGUUAUGACACAGUCUAGUCUGAGAAAUAAAAAAGUGAACAAUAAUGCUAGUCAGUCAGUGCACAGAUAUCUUGAACACAGUCAAUCUAUUCGUGGAGAUUAUGAUUGUAACCCACCCAACAUAUCUUCAGGUCCACCUACUGAUCCUUUGUAUCAUGUGCUCUCAAUUAGAAAAUCUAAUAGUUACUCAUUUAGCCCCAGAGAAUGUAGUAAUAAAAGCUUGAAAUUAUUUAAUCGUGCAAUAUUUCAUAAUAGCAGAAAUUGUGUCCAUUCAGAGUUUUUAUUUUCCAACAUAUUGUUACUUCAAGGUAACAGAAACUCAUUACCCCACAACAGUGAGUUGCUCAGCCCUCAUCCGAAUUAUAUUCAAGAAAAUUCUGAAAUCAGCGAUGUAUCUACAUAUUUCAGUAAAUCAAAACUUUGUUCUCACUCAAAGGGUCCUUGUUGGGGAAGUGGAACAACAAAUAACUGUAGAAAUAGUUUCAUACAAAAUAAUAAUAAACUUAAAGAAAAUGGACUUGGAAAUGAUAUUUUGUGCCUGUGUCAAGAAGUAUGCAUACCUUCAGGACCCCAUAAAUGCUGUUUGAAUACAAUUAAUAACAAAAGUGUAAGGGAAGAACAGAGAGAUCAUGUAAUUAACUUCAAUGCAUCAUUUUAUCCCAGGCUGUGUGUUGAUGGUCCAUAUAAUUCUCCAAGUGAGGAGAUGCUCCAUUAUCCAAUUAUAAUAGGGGCUGCAGGUGGAAUUGGUAUAACACCAUUGGCAGCUACUCUUUCACAUAAACUAUGGCAUCCAACUAAGUGGCCAAACCGUAUUCACAUGAUAUGGGUGGUAAGGGAUGCAAGGCUCUUACUAGUUAUUGCACCUUUGCUCUCUAGUUUGCUUCUUCAUUGUUGGCAGACAAAUAUGGAGGACUCCAUUGAACUUCGACUUCAUGUAACCAUACCUACAUCACAAGAAGUUUUGCAGGUAAGGUAUUAAGGUGUAUUUAGAAGA